ACGCCAGCCAAGCCCGCCCCCCACCCCCGCCUGCUGCCCGGGGGGCAGAGACCUCGCCAGCCGGGCCGGGCGUGGGCGCAGCGGGCACCGGUGCCAGCCAGGAACAGGUGAGGCGGACGCUCUGCCAGCCGCUGGGUGCCAGGAGGUGGAUGUGUCCCAGCCGGCACCGGGUCCCGUCCUGCCCCCUCGCGCCCUGCGCCCGGGGCACCCACCGCAAGCGCCCGCGGGCUGCUGGGCCCCUCCAGCCUCACAGAGCCGGACCCGAGCCGGGGAGAGACGAGGCGCCGAGCUGGUCCCUGGUGUAGCCGGGGCAACUGCGGUAGAGCCGCGGCUCCGGGCCCCAGGCCCUCGCUCCCUGUCCGCGCGGGGUGGCUCCUCGGCUAUUUAUCUGUCCUCGAAGAAAGCAUAAUGCCUCCUUUCUUCUGAGCGAAUCCGCGGCCGCCGCGCAGCGCCAGGCCGGGCAGAGCCGGCGCCCGGACAUGCAAAGGCUGGACACGCCGUCCCCUCGCGUCCAAGGGAAGUGGCACAAUUGAGAGGUGCAGGGGGGCCCCUGCCAGGCUCCUGGGGGGUCGGACUCGCCGGCUGGGGAAGGCCCCGGCCCUCAGCUGCGCCUUGUGCUGCAGGGGUUCGUCCGUAGCGCCAGCCACCCUCCUGCGGCCCACGCCCGCCGGGCAGCAGCCGAGAGGCGACACGCUGGGAGUUCUGGAUGUUGCUGCCGUGGUGGGAGCGUGCACCGGGGGCCAGUCCCUGGGCCAGCGAAGGCGGGCGGCUGUCCCCGCUCAGAGCACGGCAGCAUGUCCCAGCAGCACUCAGCCAUCUAGGCCGGCCGGCACCGCAGAGGGCCCAGGAUGGAGGCCGGGCACAAGGCGCUGCCAGGCGAGGAGGCCGGGGACGGGCCGGAGGAUGGCGGCGGGGGGUGGAACCACAAAACCAACCCCUUCUGGACGGCCGUCUUCGACUACGAGGCGGCGGCGGAAGAGGAGCUGACGCUGCGGCGUGGCGACCUGGUGGAGGUGCUCUCCCAGGACUCCACCGUGUCGGGAGACGAGGGCUGGUGGACGGGGAAAAUCGAGGACAGGGUGGGCGUCUUCCCCUGUGACUACGUGGCCAGCGGCCCCCCGGGCGGCUCCUACCCUCUGCCGCUGGAGAUCUCCUUCCAGGAGCUGCUGCUGGACGAGAUCAUCGGGGUGGGGGGCUUCGGGAAGGUCUACAAGGGCGUGUGGCGGGGGGAGGAGGUGGCGGUGAAGGCGGCGCGCCAGGACCCCGACGAGGACAUCAGCACCACGGCCGAGAGCGUCCGGCAGGAGGCCCGGCUCUUCUGCAUGCUGCGCCAUCCCAACAUCAUCGCCCUGAAGGCCGUGUGCCUCCAGCCCCCCAACCUGUGCCUGGUGAUGGAGUACGCCCGGGGCGGCGCCCUCAACCGAGCGCUGGCCGGCAGGAAGGUGCCGCCGCACGUGCUGGUGAACUGGGCCGUGCAGAUCGCCCGCGGCAUGAACUACCUGCACAACGAGGCCGUGGUGCCCAUCAUCCACCGCGACCUGAAAUCCAUCAACGUCCUGAUCCUGGAGAAGAUGGAGGACGGGGAGCUGGGCGGCCGCACGCUGAAGAUCACGGACUUCGGGCUGGCGCGCGAGUGGCACAAGACCACCAAGAUGAGCGCAGCCGGCACCUACGCUUGGAUGGCGCCCGAAGUCAUCCGGCUCUCGCGCUUCUCCAAGAGCAGCGACGUCUGGAGUUUCGGGGUGCUGCUGUGGGAGCUGCUGACCGGAGAGGUGCCGUACCGGGAGAUCGACGCGCUGGCCGUAGCCUACGGUGUGGCCAUGAACAAGCUGACGCUGCCCAUUCCCUCCACCUGCCCUGAGCCCUUCGCCCGCCUGCUGGCAGAGUGCUGGGACCCCGACCCCCACGCCCGGCCGCCCUUCGGGAGCAUCUUGGGGCGGCUGGUGGCCAUCGAGCACUCGGCCAUGUUCUCCAUGGCCCUGGACGCCUUCCACUCGCUGCAGGACGACUGGAAGCGGGAGAUCCAGCAUAUGUUCUGUGAGCUGCGCGCCAAGGAAAAGGAGCUGCGGAGCCGGGAGGAGGAGCUGCUGCGGGCGGCACAGGAGCAGAAGACGCAGGAGGAGGAGCUGCGGCGGCGCGAGCAGGAGCUGGCCGCCCGCGAGAUCGACAUCGUCCAGCGCGAGCUGCACCUGCUCAUGGACCAGCUGCACCAGGAGCGGCCCCGGGUCAAGGGGCGCAAGGGCCACUUCAAACGCAGCCGCCUCAAACUGCGCGACGGGAACCGCAUCAGCCUGCCCUCAGGCUUCCAACACACGAUCACGGUGCAGGCGUCGCCCACCCUGGACAAGCGGAAAGGCCCGGGAUCCAACGGCACCAGCCCCCCCGCGAGCCCUGUCAUCAUCCCCCGCCUGCGGGCCAUUCGCCUGCGGGAGGCUGGGCCAGGACGCAGGGGGUCCCGCUCACCCCCCCUUGUUGCAGUGACGCCCGUGGAUGGCAGCCAGACGUGGGGCCGCAGCGCGGGGCUGAAGAAGGAGGAGCUGGCGGGGAACAAGAAGAAGGGGCGCACGUGGGGGCCCAGCUCCACGCUGCAGAAGGAGCGGCUCGGCGGGGAGGAGCGGCUGAAGGCGCUGGGCGAGGGCAGCAAGCAGUGGUCGUCCAGCGCCCCCAACCUGGGCAAGUCCCCGAAACGUGCCCCCAUGACUGGGGGCUUCGCCAGCCUGACGGAGAUGGAGGAGUACGUGGAGGUGGAGGGCAGCACCCCCCAGUCCCCGGCUGAGCUGCCCCCCGGCAGGGCCGGGCCCCACAAGCGCAGCGCCUUGGCUCUCCUGGGCUGUGCCUCCGUCCUGGCCUCGGUGGCACUGGGCAGCGACCUGCUGGAGCUGGGCCGGGAGCAGGCGGGGGGGCCGUGCCCACGGGGGGGCCGCACCCAGGGGCCCCCCAGCUCCGUCACGCUGCUCUCGCUCUCCUCCCUCUCCGACUGCAACUCCACCAAGUCCCUGCUGCCCUCGGACGAGGAGCCGCCCGCCCCGGCCCCCGGCCCCCCGGCCUCCCCCCUCGGCGCCCCCCCCGCCCACAACCCCCUGCUGGACCUCCGGGCCGAGAGCUUCAAGAGGGACCCGCGCCAGUCGCUGACGCCCACCCACGUGACGGCCGCCCAGGCACUGCCCCGCGGGCACCGGCGAACGCCCUCGGACGGGGCCCUGCGCCCGCCCGGCCAGCAGGGGGCGCCCGGGGCAGGCUCCCAGGAGACCCUGGACCCCCCCGCGCUCUUCCCGCCCCCGUCGCGCCGCAGGCCCCCCGAGAAGGAACCGGCCGUGGAGCGCCCCAAGACCCUGGAGUUCGCGCCCCGGCCCCGCCCCUCUCCCGCCCGCUCCCGCAUCGACCCCUGGAAACUCGUCUCCUUCGGACGGACUCACUGCUCGUCCCCGAGCAGCGUGUGCGAGACGCAGGGGGAGCUGGGCGGAGGCGGGGGGGAGCGGCCAGACCCCCCCAGCGCCCGCCAGACGCUGCUGGACAUAGACAUGGAGGGGCAGAGCAAGGACAGCACGGUGCCGCUCUGCGGGGGGGCACCGCACGCCGACAGCCUGGAUGCCGACAUGUCCCACUGACCCCCCAGAGCCCAGGGCACCUCCCAUGAAUGUACACCCCCCACAGCCGGCGGGGGGCACCAGGCCUACCUGUGGGGGGGCCCUCGUGGAUGGACCAGCCUCUUUACUCUGCGCCUACCACCAUCCCCCACCCUCAGCGGGCUGAGAUCCCACCGCACCCACCAACCGCUCCACAGGCUCUGCUGUGGGAGAAGCUGCUGCCCCCGAGGAGCGGGGUUGGGAAGGGAAUGGUGGGGGGAGGGGAGCAUGUGUAUUUAUUGAUGGGGCGGUUAAGGACCCCCCACCCCUAUUUAAAUUCCAUGUGGUGUUUGUAAAAAAAAAAAGAAAAGAAAAGAAAGAAAGGUUUAAAAAAAAUGAAUCGUUCUGAGCCAGCAGGGGGCGCUUGUCCCCCGUGACGCAUUCAUUAACGCGGCAUUUCCAGGGCCCGUUGUUCCUGCAGCUGAGACCGCAAAUGCUUCCAGGGACCCCCCCUUCACCGGGCUGCAGCCACCUCUGGGGUGGGACUUGAGAGCUGUUUAUCCAGGGACCCCCCUUCACAGGGCUGCAGCCACCUCUGGGGUGGGACUUGAGAGCUGUUUAUCCAGGGACCCCCCUUCACCGGGCUGCAGCCACCUCUGGGGUGGGACUUGAGAGCUGUUUAUCCAGGGACCCACCCCCCACCACCAGGCACUGAGCUGCAGCCACCUCUGGGGUCGGGCAUGGGGCCUGUUCAGACAGGGACCCGGCUGGCCCAUUCUCCCCUUCUGUACCUGCUGGCCCCCAGCGGUGGGAAGGGAACCCAGGAGUCCGGUGGCAGGGACUGAGGGGGGUGGCAUGGGGGAGGGGGUUAUGGCCCCCUCAGCUUUGCGGCUGGUGUUCAGAGGCUGGUUUGCGCACAGGGCAGGGAGCCUGAUCCGGGGCGAGAGCAGGGUGAGGGGACCGCCUUUGACAACGUUCCCCCAGAGGGGCCGGGCUGGGACGCAGGACACCUGGGUUCAGUGCCCAGCGCUGCCCCGCACAUCCUGUGCCAGCCCGUGCACCCAGGGGCCGUCACCGCCCUGAUCCUGCACAGAGUGGGGCAGGGCCACCCAGAGGAGUCAGGGGGUCUGGGGCAAAGCAAUUUCGGGGGCCCCUUCCAUAAAAAGAAAGCUGCAAUAUUAUAGAAUACUAUAUUCUCGUGGGGGCCCCUGCGGGGCAAAUUGCCCCUCGCUCUGGGCGGCCCUGGAGUGGGGCCUGAC